GUUUACGUGUCGAGGUUUAAAACGCAAGUGGCCAACGGCUCCGACCCAAGCCCAAGCUCCAACCCCGAACGGAAUGGGCACAAACAUUAGUCCGUCUCAGUGUGCCAUGGCGAAUGGACGCGAAAUUUCUCUCUAAAGCUAAGCAGCCAACAAUAACGGCAACGGUCGCGUCAACAAUAAAACUACCCUACUUUUACGGGUUGCUUGGAUCAGGUGGCAGCGUGGGGAUUGCUACUAUUCGGUGGCGCCUACUGACUGACUGUGUUUGUUGACUUCCGGUGCAAGUGGGUGAAGUGAAGUGUGGUUGCUGGGUUGCGUUUAUUUUGACGCGCACCCACACGGAGCCAAAUCUGCAUCGGUAUUUGUGAUUCCGGCGCCCGUUGGCUGGAGGAAAAUCGGGAAAAUUCAAAACAAAACUUGGAGGGAUGAUUUCCAGUACCAGCAGUCUGAAUAUCAGGCAGUUCAGUGAAUGUUCGUCCUUCCUCGGGAAGUGACGUGUGUUUGCUUCGGUUGGUGCUAGUCGAGUUAUAGAGGAGCAAGUAUUUCGCAGGGAGCUUUUCGGAAAGUGGAAAAUCGGCGGGAGAAAGGAAUCAUUCGGAAAAAGUGCACUGUGAAAACAGAUUCGCCUAUAGUGAGCAAGUCAAAUUUUGGCUUUCGGAGGAGCUUUUUCUUCGGUGUACGUUGUCUGUAUUUUUUUUUGCUAGUGGAGGAAUAUCCUUGCGUCACUCGCCUGGUGGAAGGUUCAGAAGAAGUAAAACAAAGUGCUGGCUUGCUGGCCCGUGUGCUGAUUGUAUAAUCAUUCCGUAGCAUUCGGAAGGAAGGUUUUUGAUGAAAAUUUUUGCAUUGAAAUUUUUCUCUUUAUGAUAGAUAUCCGGCGCUAGAAUUUUCCACUCAACUCGUGUAAUCAAAUAGAGAAAAUUUACUCGAAAAUAUGGAAAUGAGCUGCCGUAGUCAGCUCGUAGUGGCUGGAUUCGUGAAGGUGUAGUUUGGUUUUGUGGCGGUGCAAAAUUUGUUCGGCAUAUUGCCGCCAUUCGGGGGCCGAUAGAGUUCCGACGGUGCAAGAAGUGUGGUGUGGUGUGGUACGACGAAAACAGACGGAGCACAUUUGUUGCCAAAUCCGGUAGGCCCAAAACGGAAGAAGGCCCAAAACGUCCUCGUCGACCGACCGAAAAGUGUGUAGUGUAGCAGGUAGCAGCUAUCCAGGCGCACAAUAGUAUGUGGAAUUAUGUGUGCCGAACGAAGUUUCCCGAGCUGUUUAUAUAAUACCUUGGUUUUCAUGCAGCUGCUCUACGUGACGCGUUCGUUCGGUGUGAUUUACGACGAGUACGUCGUGGACCAGGGCAAAAAUCUGACGCUACUAUGCAAGUCGCCCCAUCCGGUGAUGUGGGUUCACGAAGGCCGCCGGGACAACGAUUUCCAGCAGUUUCAGAGUGACGGAUCGCUGCAGCUCACCAAUCUCACAGCGAAAGAUGGCGGGCUGUACACCUGCUCCGAGCUGAUUCCUCCGCUAACCACAAUCCAGUUCGAAGUGUCCGAAAACGUAACAGACAGUUCUUCGGUGGACCAUCAUCACAACGACUCGUCCCAAAAUGUCACAACUUCUAGUGACAGUAGCAGCAGUAGUAGUAGAUCGAGUGACGACGACACCGGGACAGAUGUGAUACUUUCGUCGACGCCGCUGCUACUAUUUCCCGGUGAUCAGGACGACGUCGAAGAAGAGGACGACGUCAACGAACGGUACGUUGAAAUCCGGCGAGUGCGCGUUAAGAUCCGAACGGCACCACAAGCCGUUUCUAACUUCUUCGUACGUGCCUCCACCAUCAUAGCGGUGCUCGUCUGGGAAGUGAUGCCAAAUCGGACCGGGGGCUACGCCAUCCGGGACUUCACCGCAGAGAUGCGUCGCCUUCGGAUGACCGAAGAGGAACCGGAAGAGCGUUGGGAAACGAUCGAUCCGCGUCACAUCAGCCCCAAUGCGCGACAGCUGGAAAUCUAUCACCUGGUGCCGAACACUACGUACGAGUUUCGGAUCUGGGCAAACAAUGCCCUGGGGGCCGGGGACAUCAUGACGAUCACGGCCACAACGCUUCCAGAUAUGGAGGAAAAAGAUCUGAUCCGUCGAAUCAUGAUCGAUGCGCAGAACUUUGACACCCGAGUGUGGAUCGCGGCCGUCGGCGUCGUGAUGGGAACACUGGUCAUUCUGUCGCUCGGCACCUGCAUCGUGCUGUACAAGGAGUGCCGGGAACCAAUCGAAAAAGAGGAGGAACUGGACAGCCUGGAACUGGUGCCCAACAUCAUCCUGAAUCCAGGCUUCUGCGAUUCCGAUGACCAGGGUGGACAAGAACACCUUUCUCCACCGGUUCCUCGAACACUCGCCUUCCUCCCGGUAGGCCCACCGGGAGCGCAGCGGAAUCGCAGCAACAGCGCCUACCCAUCCUAUGCCUACAACAGUCGGUCCUCGAACUCGGGCCGGUACCACUACGGAAACGGAAGAGGACCACCGAAUGGCGGCGGCGCCGACGACGACGAUGACGAUGACGACGACUACGACGAGGAACCGAUGACCUUCAGCCGGCGGAUGUCGAUCUUCUUCACCGGCAACACGAUCAAGCGAAUUUGAGUAAAAAUUUUCCCGGAGGAUUCCGUCAGAUUCUACUAGAGCGGGGAAACCGUUCUCCCUGUGUGAGUGUGUGCGCGAUUUUCUCUUUUUCUUUCUCUCUCUCGCUUUGAUGAGAAUGUGCGUCGUUCGAUGUGAUGACACAGCCUACUACUUAAUAGCCUUGCUUUUCCACUUGUUUUCACUUUCUCAUUCUUGGAAGUGUCAAAUUUUGGGCUGUGCUACACAGUACUUCGGAAUAAGAACAAAACACAGGCACACGGAGUUCGGUUUAGCUCGCUUAAGGUGACUGAUUAUUGUUUAAUUUUUACCUUUUUUUUGACUAAAAUAACCGAUAAAAAUAAUUUUAAUGCUCUUGAGAAGAUUCUUAAAUAUACGAAACGUUAAGAAGAAAAUAGUUCGGUUCACUACAAAAAAAUUUCUUUCG